AUGGGUGAUGAAGGCAAUGCAGAGGCAGAGAGCCAACUCAACGGCAUAUAUGAUAGCGCACGCGACCGGGCAGACGCGGCCGGGGGGGGGGCAGCGCUGCCGCCCGGCCCUGGCGGGCGAUGGGCGGGGCGGGGCGAUGGGCGGGGCGGGGCCAGGCCGCCGCUUGCGCUGCGCCUCCCGGGCGGCAGGGGGCGGAGCGGGGCCGGGCCGAGGCCGCUCUUGCCGCCGGGGGUAACCAGGCGUCCGGGCCCGGGCCGCGCUCCCUGCUGCGGGGCCGGAGGCCGGAGGCUGGAGCCCGCCCGCGGUUCCGCGGCAGCAGCCGGGCAUGGCGGCCCCGGGAGCGGCCCGGGGCUGGGCUCGGCGCCCCGGCACGUCGGCACCGCGGAGCCCCCGGACGCGGGCUGGGAGCGGCUGCGGGAGCUCUGGCACCGCGAUGAACUACAGCAGUACCCAGAAGAAACUCUCAACAUUAUCAAAGCUACGUUUUCAGGGGCUGUCAUUGGCUGGAUGUAUGGAGGUUUGCCAGCUUUUCAGCAUGCGAAGACACAAUAUAUUGAGCGGAGCCAAGCAGAGAUUUUUCAGAACCGUCUGGAUGCUGUGCAAUCUGCACAUCGUGCUGCACUCAGGGGAUUCAUCCGUUACGGCUGGCGCUGGAGCUGGAGAAUUGCUACUUUUGUGGCAAUAUUUAACACAGUGAGCACUGGUCUGUCCGUGUACCGCAAUAAAACCACCUUCAGUCACUUCGCUGCCGCAGGAGCCGUUACAGGAGGCCUGUUCAGAAUGCAUUUGGGCCUGAGCAAAAUGGCAGCUGGCAGUGUCCUUGGAGCAGCAUUCGGCAUCCCUGCAGGAGGGCUGUUGAUGGCAGUGCAGAAGCUCGCUGGUGAGAGCAUACAGGAGAAAAGACUACGUGAAAGAAGAUUGCUGCAUGAACAGAAGUUAGCAGAGUGGAAAGCUAGGCUUAAUGUUACUGAAGCUGACUUGAAAGAAAUUGUCGGUAACACUCAGGAAGGAACCAUGGAGAGAGAUAUCGAGAAGAUCCAAGAGUUGUUAAAUCUUCCCAAGAACCCUCUGCCAUCGGAAGAUGAGAACUCGUCUGAGCUCUGACUUCAGUCAAGGCAUCUUGGAACACUGGCCUGAAUCUAUUUCUGUAUCCAUUGUUUUCGGCAGCAACAGUUUGACAACAAUGUUGUGGAUAUGUAUCAUGGCGGAGGGAGGGUUCAGGAUCUUCAACUGGAGUAAUGACCAGUGAGCUGUGUUUUGUGUGGGGGCAGCAACAGAACUCUUAGUGACUACUUCACACUUGAAUGCCCUGGGCCACAUCUUAAUGCAAUAUACACAGAGAAAGGGGGGUUCAUUAGUGCUGCAAGAGUGCAUAUCCUUAUGCCACUGUAGUGAGUGGCAUGAUGGCAGAGUCUAGGAGCUGCCACUCUCCCAAAGAAGCCUGUAAUGACAUUUUUAUCCUUAUUUGAAAACAGAAUUCAGUUUUGGUGAAACUGGCUGCACUGAUAGCGCUGGAGUCCUGCUUAUCCAUUGGCCAGGUGCAGUAUGGGCAAUGUCCAUGCUAGUUCCCGCCACUCUAUUUCUUCAGCGUACCUCAACCCAGCUCCACUAGGAACAGUGCUACAGGUUGGAAGAGUUUGGUAACUGUGGCCUACUCAGGCUUUAGGCGUUUUGCAGAAAUAAAUGGUUCUCAGUUUUCCAAAUGAGGCUUGUGACAGUGUCAGGAUCACAAAGAAAGUGCCUGACAAGGACAUACCUUGGGUUCCUCUAAAGUAGGGUGUCCUUCCUUGAGGGGGAGGGGGGGCUACAACAAGGAUGACUGAAUGUUGGCAGGAGAGCUUAGCGUUACAAACACGUUUUAACCAAAAAUUGUGAUUGUCGUAAAUUACAAAUUACAGGAUCCUCUUGGAGGAAGACUAUUGGAAACGCUAUUUAAUAGACAUGACCGCUCACAUUGUCUAGACUGUUUUGUCUGCUAGAAUCUCUCCUUAUUCUGGUCAUACAGUAUUGUAAUUGAGCACACCAGCAAGCCUGCUCCCAGGGGCGAGGAAAGUUAAGUCUCAUGGCCCCAUUCGGGCCCUUGAGGCUGACAACCCUUAUUCUCAUAGCAAGAGCAAACAACUUUGUCAUGAAAAUUUAGGGCUGGCUUUGAAUUAUAACAGUCUGUGGUUGAAAUGGCUCUGUAUCCCUUCACCACUUCAUGCUGGGCUGAAGCCAGUUUUUAGCAAUGCUUGUAGUUUACUCCCUGUAACAGUGAGGUCAUAGAUGCACGACCCUGCUCCAUGUUUUGGAAGAAAGCUCCCAACAAGGUAAAUACAGGAACCUGUUGACAAGCCAUAACAGGAGCAGGGGCUAAGUAUAUAGCUUCCCUCCCCAAGGUUCAGCCAGGUACAUGUCAUUACAUUCUGCCUAAAUGUGUUGUUCCUCCACUUCCAGGUUGCUGCUAACAUCUGCACAGCUCAGUCAGCAGAGCAUGUCCCACCCACCCAAACCCGGUUCCUCACACACUUGUUUAAAUAAGGCACUGGUUUUCAGAAAUGAGCAUAUUCUCUAUUAACUAUACUCUCAUUUUUCCAUAGAAGGAAAAAAAAUGCAUUGUUGGGGUGGACUUGUCUUGUUCCUUCACAUACUACAAGGGGAGGAAUGUGUACAGCCAUGGCUAUUCUUCAUUGCUGGCCUCACUCUUCCUCCACACCUAUGUACAGGUCAUCAACAAUGCUGCCGUGACCCCCUCUGCCCCCAACAAAUGUGUGUGUUCGCCACUCUAGUUAUGCUGAGUUGUUUUUCAGCCUUGCCCAGUUGUCAAAUUCUUUCAUGCUCACGUACUUUCUUGCUUCCCCAUUCCUUGUAAGCACCUCACACUCUCAACUUUAAUUAUGAGCUAUAUGCUGAUGUGGCUCAUUGCUCCCUCUUCCUCUUUUAAUGACUGUUCUGGGAGUGAUGAUUAAUGAGACAACUUCUUGUGCACGGUGGAAUGCGUGUUAGAAAAACCAUCAGAGCAAUGCUAGUUUUAUAGAGCUUUUUUGCAAAGUGAGGGUCAAAUUCUGUGGUUUAGCAUUAGAAGUUGAUUCACUUGCUCUUUCAGACACCCUCCUUGAUGCAUUUCCUGCCCAGUCUGUUUUUCCCUGUACUUCCUCAUUUUGUAUAAUCCCAGCCACCACUUCAGUCAUGGCUCAGAAUGGGGAGUUUAAAAAGCAUUUUUACUAGUGAUAAGAACUGGCAUGUCGCACAAAGACUGCAGGCCUUUAGUUCUGAGAUAGGUUCGAGGUAGAGGUGUGGGGGAUGUGUGUGUGCUUAGCAUACCUGUGCUGUGGCAAUGCUAUCGUGGAGGGUCCAUGGGCUCAGAGUUGAAGGGGGAUUAGGGAAGAGCCCUUCAGGCAGCUGCUGAGACUGUGCAAAGAGGCAUCAGUUACCGCUGAUGGAGUCUGUGCCUACCAGCAUGACCGACCUACUCUUUUACUGCCUUUAAUGCUGGCUCUUGCCUGGUGAGAGUGGGUGCUGACCUGGCACUGACCAAGUAUUCUGGACUCCCGCUGGCAUUAGCAUUGCGCACACCUUGCAGGACUGGGCUUUAAGGUGCAGGCCCCCUUUCCAGCUCAAGCCCCUUUGGUUGAGGCUUGUAUUGGUGUAACUCGCCAACAUUGCACAUACUCUGUACCGUGGCAGCCAGCUGGCUAGAGCCUGACCUGACAUAGGGCUAGAGCCACAAAAGGCUACAGCACCGAACUUCCACUUUAAAUCAAGUCCAGCUGUUAGCACUUCACAGCACUCAGCUGCAACCUCACGUGGUGCCUAAAUCCCAUGGGCACCAAAGCUUCUGCCAGUAACAUCCUAAUGCCACCACAUGGUUUGGUGCCUAAGCCCUGGCAAGCUCCUCUCACUAGCUCUGACCACUGGGCUAGUGGGAAUAACAGGGAGGAGGGCAGGGGCAAUGGCACCACUGCAACCAUGUUUUGCAGGAAAGGUUUGGCCUGGUACAAGUGCCUAGGGCUAGGAGACUGUUCACAGCUGUGUGUAAGGCAGCACCUCCCUCUCACCCAGGUGGCUCAGGCCUCACCGCUCGCAACUAUUUCCUAUUUACUAGCAUAAAUAGCUUCCUCUGCUCAGCAGGCUAGAUUUUGUGGAGCCCAUUCUUUGGUGCCUAACUCUGAGCCUGAAUCCCU